AUGAAAGUGACCGUGUGCUUCGGCAGGACGGGCAUCGUGGUGCCCUGCAAGGACGGCCAGCUGCGCGUCCGCGAGCUCACCCAGCAGGCGCUGCAGCGUUACCUGAAGACCCGGGGCCAGGAUCCAGGAUACUGGGUGAAGAUUCAUCACUUAGAAUACACAGAUGGAGGAAUCCUGGAUCCAGAUGAUGUCCUGGCAGAUGUUGUUGAAGACAAAGAUAAGCUGAUUGCUGUGUUUGACGAAGGAGAGCCGAUCCGCAAGACUGAGAGCCCAGGCGGAAACCCAGCCGAGCCACAGAGCCCAGAUGCCUGUGAGACAGAAGUGGCUGCCCAACUGGCUGCGUUUAAACCAAUUGGUGGGGAAAUCGAAGUAACCCCUUCUGCUCUGAAAUUAGGCACUCCACUGCUGGUAAGGAGAAGCAGUGAGCCAGCUCCCGGGCCACCUGCUGAUGCCCAGCCAAGCGCUGCACACCCGGGUAGCCAGAGUCUGAAACCUGUUGUUCCAGAGUCCACACAGAGCUUGGAAGACCGAGAAGUUAUGAAUGGUGAGCAGACAGAACUACUAACAUCACCCAAAAUUAAGGAUGCAUUGAGUGAUAUGACAAGAACAGUGGAGAUUUCCGGGGAAGGAGGCCCCUUGGGAAUACAUGUAGUGCCCUUCUUUUCAUCCCUGAGUGGAAGGGUUCUAGGACUCUACAUUAGAGGUAUCGAAGAAAACAGCAGGUGCAAGCGGGAAGGACUCUUUCAGGAAAAUGAAUGUAUUGUAAAAAUCAAUGAUGUGGAGCUUGUAGACAGAACUUUUGCCCAGGCUCAAGAUAUCUUCCGUCAGGCAAUGAAAACAUCAAGCGUACUGCUCCAUGUACUUCCGCCUCAAAACCGUGAGCAGUAUGAAAAAUCAGUCAUUGGACCUCUGAACAUUUUUGGUAACAAUGAUGGAGUUUUGAGAACAAAAAUGCCACCACCUGCACAUGGGAAGCCUGGACUAAAGGCAGUGAAUCUCACAAGAGCAAAUAGUCCUGAAGUAGAUGAAUCAAGUUCCCUGCAACAAAGCAAGAGCCCCCGAGUUCCAAGACUAGGAAAGUCUUCCUCUCCCUCUCUCUCCCCUCUCAUGGGGUUUGGCAGCAAGAAAAAUGCAAAGAAAAUUAAGAUUGACCUAAAGAAAGGCCCAGAAGGACUUGGUUUCACUGUAGUCACCAGAGAUUCUUCCAUACAUGGUCCUGGUCCCAUUUUUGUGAAAAACAUUUUACCAAAAGGAGCAGCAGUAAAAGAUGGCCGCUUACAAUCUGGGGAUAGAAUUUUGGAGGUAAAUGGAAAAGACGUUACUGGAAGAACUCAGGAAGAACUGGUGGCCAUGCUGAGGAGCACCAAGCAAGGAGAGACAGUAUCACUGGUCAUUGCCCGUCAAGAAGGGAAUUUUUUGCCACGAGAGCUGAAAGGAGAACCUGACUGCUAUGCACUCUCCCCAGAGACCAGUGAGCAGCUCACCUUUGAGAUCCCCUUAAAUGACUCGGGCUCUGCUGGCCUUGGGGUGAGCUUGAAAGGGAACAAAUCACGAGAAACUGGAACAGACUUGGGGAUUUUCAUCAAAUCCAUUAUCCAUGGAGGUGCUGCUUUUAAGGAUGGCCGCUUGAGAAUGAAUGACCAGCUGAUUGCAGUUAAUGGGGAAGCGCUUCUGGGGAAGUCCAACCAUGAGGCAAUGGAAACACUCAGGAGAUCAAUGUCCAUGGAAGGAAACAUACGAGGGAUGAUCCAGUUGGUUAUCCUGAGGAAGCACGAGAGACCAGUGGAGGAGCUCGCAGAGUGUGGGGUACUCUCCAAACAAUGCUUUGAAAACUGUCAAAAUGCCCUAACCACCUCUAGGCGAAAUGAUACUAAUAUAUUGUAUCCAUUUGGCACAUACAGUCCACAUGAUACAAAGAAAGACCUCUUUUUUCCCAAUGAUGGAUGGACCGAGAGGGAAGGACCACCAUCACCACCACCACAGCCUGGUCUGGAAUUGGGCCUUGAAGAUUACAGCCACAGCUCUGGUGUGGAUUCAGCAGUAUAUUUUCCAGAUCAGCACAUCAACUUCAGAUCUGUGACACCAGCCAUGCAGCCUGAAUCAAUUAACCUGAAAGCCUCCAAGAGCAUGGACCUUGUGCCAGAUGAAAGCAAAGUUCAGUCAUUGGCUGGGCGCAGAUCGGAGUCACCAAACAAAGAUUUUGGUCCAACUCUGGGUUUGAAGAAGUCCAGUUCCCUGGAGAGUCUCCAGACUGCCGUGGCUGAAGUCAGGAAGAACGAACUCCCCUUCCACAGGCCCAGGCCGCACAUGGUGCGAGGCCGCGGCUGCAACCAGAGCUUCCGAGCAGCCAUUGACAAAUCUUACGAUGGGCCGGAAGAAGCAGAGGCUGAUGGUCUGUCUGAUAAGAGUUCUCACUCUGGCCAAGCACCUCUGAAUUGGGAGUCAGCCCCACAGGGGAGCUCGGAGCUAGAGGACAUGGAAAAUAAAACCAGGAAAGUCAAAAAGCAGAAAGAGAAGGAGAAGAAAAAGGAAAAAGGCAAGCUGAAAGUCAAGGAGAAAAAGCGGAAAGAGGAAAACGAAGACCCAGAGAAGAAAAUGAAGAGGAAGGGGUUUGGAGCCAUGCUGAGAUUUGGGAAAAAGAAAGAUGACAAAGGUGGAAAGGCUGAUCAGAAAGGUGCACUGAAGACUGAGAACCUUGGAGAAGAAGAGCUGGAAAAAAUGAAAGAAGAGAGAGAACGGAUUGUAGCAAAACAUCAGGAGCUAAGGGAGAAGCAGGCAAGAGGUCUUGUUGAUUACGCUACAGGAGCAAUUGGAUCAGUACAUGACAUGGAUGACGAUGAAAUGGACCCCAAUUAUGCCAGAGUGAACCACUUUCGGGAACCCUGUGCAUCAGCGAAUGUCUUUAGAUCUGCGUCUCCUCCUCGUGCUGGACCACUCAGUUGUCCCCGGGAUGGACAUCCACUGUCUCCAGAAAGAGACCACUUAGAGGGUCUCUAUGCUAAGGUCAACAAGCCUUAUCAUCCACCAGCUCCAGCUGACAGUGGCCGUCCCAUGGGUGGAAGCACAGACCGUAUCCAGAAGCUGCGGAAGGAAUAUUACCAGGCCCGGAGGGAGGGGUUCCCUGUGUAUGAAGACGAGGAGGGAAGAGCAAGGCCAUCUGAUUAUGACCUUCACUGGGUGUCUGGAAAGGGUCCCGACGGGAAUGCAUACAACCUCCGCUUUGAGGGAAUGGAGAGACAGUACGCGUCCUUACCCAGGGGAGGACCAGCAGACCCUGCAGACUACCUGACAGCAGCAGCCCGAGGCCUCUACAAGGAGCGGGAGCUUCCCUUCUACUCGGGGGCUCACCCUGUACAACCCCCAAGAGGGGGCUACCCCCGCCCCCCAGAUCUGAGGAUGGCAGAUCUCCGCUAUCCACAGUACUACCCACCUCCGCCUGCACCCCAGCACAAAGGACCCUUCAGACAAGAUGUCCCACCUUCCCCUCCUCAGCACCAGAGGGUACCGGCCUAUCAGGAGAUGGGCAGAGCAGGCCCCCGAGGGGGCAGCCCUGAUCAGUAUCCCUACCACACCCAGGAUCCCAGGCAAAAGAACCCCAUGACUGCAGCCGUAUAGCCGCUCAUCACUGAGAUCUGCCAAGGAAGGCACCGCCCACCACCUUGCCAGACCCUCGGGCCUUCUCCACGCUCAGAUUCUCCUCAGUACAAGAGUAGCUUUUUCUCACUGAGGAUGCAGCACUACACUGCUACUCAGAGGGGAAAAGAAAGGGUGGAAGUUUGGGGGUAUGGAUUCCAAAGAAAGAGGAAGGAUUGGGGUCAUAAAAACAGUAUUUCCUCAUACUUGAAAGGCUUGCAGGAUUGAAGAAUCGGAUGAGUGUCAAUUGAGUAAUAGUCAAUGCAGCUGUGCUACAUGGUGCCCCUGGCUGGGUAGCACAUGCUGGUGUGUAACCACCCUCCCACACAAGUCCCCAUAGACACGCAGUACAGAGGAGGUCCCUACCAGGCCUGGUCACACAUUCACUCAGAGGCUCUGCCUCAGCCCCUUCCUUGGAACUUGUAGGCCAGCAGAGUGGUAGAGUAGAGAGGCUGCAGGGACCGGUAGCUUCGGAAGCACAGUGUUUUCACAGAGGAAAACAUCAAUGGUGAACAUGCCUCGUGUGACCUCCUUGAAACUCUGUGGACCCAAAUGAAGACUGUGUUUCUUUAUAAUCUUUGUUGGGCUUCUGAUACCACUCAUAUGAUGUAAGCAUUGCACAUUUCCUUGCUUUUGCUACAGAAGUCAGUAAGAUGUAAAUGCAGUACUAGUAUCCUGGGAGCAUGGGCAAAGCUCAUCCUCAGAGCUUCCAGAAGGAACAUAUUCCAAGGACCACAGUGAGCGGACAAGGAGAGUUGGCACUCCUGUGGUUCCCACCUUCCUCCAUCCUAUGCCCCAGGCAGAAUCACUUGAAGAUCUCUGGUUUCAGAGUCCUCCCUAAAUGCCUGUAAUUAUUUUCACUUUAAGACUCCCACUAAAGUGUACUUGAAAACAAAAUAGGAGGCCUGCUGGUCAGGCUGUCCGGAAAGCAAUGCCCUAGGGAUGUCAAUUCCAGACUCAGUGCCAAACAGUACCCAUCUGCAUUUGAGGACAGUGAGGAGCUGGCCAUGACCUUUAGGAAGUGAUUGCUAGCAAGUAAGAGAUAGAAGUGAGAGAGAGAGGGAAAGGGAGAGAGAGAGAGAGAGAGAGAGGGAGGGAGAGAGAAAGAGAGAGAGAGGGUGUGUGUGUGUGUGUGU